CUUUUACUGUAUGAAGCAUUAUGAGUGACCAAUCGCUCCAUACAGAUUUUCUAUAUCAUUUAACAGAAAAACAUUAUCAAGCAGCUCUGGAUCUGGGCAAGGAAUUGGAUAUUGACUCAGAUAUUGUAUACAAAACUCAAUGGUUUUCUCGACUGGAUGAACUGGGAUCUCACUUUACGAAGCAAGACGUGGACCUGUUAGAACGUAUACAUGACGAUGCUUGGGUGGUUAGUCAAUGUCUUGAUCUUGUUGCUGAUAAUGAUACCUUACAACAACGUAUUCUACAGAUUGGGUUGAAUCUCACACGCAAACAUACUGAUGACUUGUUACAAUCUUUGCAAUCCCAAUAUGAACAACAGCAUUUGGUUUCAUCUACUUUGUCAUCACCAGCAGCAGCAACAACAGAAGCUGAAGCAGCAGCAAAAGGCUCGGUCGAGCAGAUCUCAGUAAAUGAUAAUGAUCGAUUAUGGAUAUUUGCACGUCGUUACUUUUUACAAUACAUGGAUAGGCUACAUACGUUUGUCAAGAUAUGGCCAUUGGUAGCUCAAGAUACUGUCAUGUUUACCGAAGCAUAUAGCGACUUUCGUGAUGUGAAUUUGGUGGCUCAAGCUAUUGAAUUUGCUCGUUCAGAAAACAAUCGAGCUUUGGACGUGUUAUUUAUGCAUCAUGGUACAACUCUUCUCCCUUAUCGAUUGUUUAUUCUAUCUCAGGUGCCGGAAACUGUGGAUCCUGCUAGUUUUGAUUUACCACAUGUCACUGGUUCAUAUGAAGAUCUGUGGGUACAAGAACCUUGGCGACAAGAUUCUGAUUUGGCUGAACUUCCUUGGGUGGAAUCCCUUAUCUUGCCACAACAAAAAAAUAACAUCAUCAAUGACAACAACAACAGUAAGAACGACAGAGAGGAUACCGAAAAUAUCUUGACAGCGGCUCCAGAAGAAGCGAAUUACUUAUCACAACUCCAUCAAGUGGUGGAAACAACUCCUUAUCCAGCACCAGCCAAUAUUAUUGCUGAGUGGUAUCUUCAUCGUGCUCGAACAAUGGACAGUCUCGGAUUAGCAAGUCAUGCACUUGGUCUUGUACGAUAUGCAAAAGCGAUGGGUGUACCUGAUAUGGAUGAUCAUGUGGAACGAUACGAUUGGUUAUGCAAAUUUAUUUACGCUUCUUCGACAACAGACAUGGAUCUUGCUGCUUUUGAACACUUAUCAGAUUACGAUGUGUUGGAGGGGUUACUGCUACAGACAAGUACGGAUACUAUUGUGCAAGAUAUGAGGCGACUCGUGUUACCAUGGUUGGAACGAUGUACAAGGAAAAGGCAAAAGGAUAUUAUGAAAGAUGAUGAUGAUGAUGAUGAUGACGAACGACCAGUAUUUUUACUCUAUCGAUGGUUAUUAGGACAAUCAUCAGAACAGCUACAUCGAUGUUGUGUUAUUUUUGAAGCAUCCAAACCAACUUUAUCAAUGGAAGAACGGAUCAUAAAGGAUGAUUGUGACUUAUCAAGAUUGGUUUUGGCAUUGGUAUAUUCAAGUGAUGGAUCUAUGGAAUAUUUGGUACGAAUGUUUGAAUGUCUUCCUCUCUUUCCUGAUAUUGAUGUAGAAGGAAAUAACAAUAGUGACAAUGAAGUGGAUAUGGCUACCUUAUUACCUUUGGCAGGAACUCCUCUUGGGCUAUUUACAGCAUUACAAAGUAUACAAAAGGCAGGACUCACCAAGAUGAUGGAUACCUUACAAGCACAUUUGAUGUCAGCAGAAGUAUUGGCUCGAUACCAUGCUAGUGUCCCUUUACGAUGGUAUUUACAAGAUCAAUCGGUGGAUAUUCAACGUCAAUUAUGUAUUCGCAUGGCAUCACAAGCUGCUGGUGGAGUGGAAACUGGAGGUGUUCAAUUUGACCGUGAUGAUGAUUGGCGCGAACUUUUAGAUGAUAUGUUACGACUACAUGAUGAUGGUAAUGGUAUCUUUGGAAAAAUUGAAUCCACUGAAAUCAUGGAAAUUUUUUACAGCUCUUUAUUAAGAUGUGGUCGCUUUCACUUAGCGAAAGAGCUUGUUGUCGGUUCAAGAUCAUUAUUGGGUAUGGAACAAGCUGAAAAACUAGUGAUUGAUGCAGAAAGGGAAUUCUUUGAUAACUCAACAAAUGGCAAUAUGAAUACAAGCAAUAUGAAGAAAGCAUGGGAUUGUCUACAUGUGUUACCUCCAACAGCAAACAUUAAAAAGGAAAUGGAUUUGAUUGAGGCUACUCAUACACUCAUCUCAGUAUACCAAGUGACAUCUAAGCCGGGAUUAGUAUUGAUGCCUAUUCAACUUCGACAAUCAACGGAUCGUCUCGAUUUUAUUUCCAGACUAGUGAAUACUCGCAAAGGCAUCUAUCGACAAUUCAAGGAAGUAGUCACUUUGACACAAAAAUUGGGUUACCAAGGGGAUUUAUUGGCAGAGGUGACGGUUCUCUCGAUGAUGGCAGGUGCAGCCAUGGUAGAUGAAGAGUAUCUCUCAUGUUAUCGAUUAUGUCAAGCAACAGUGGACAAGGCACAAUCGAUCACAACAUCUAAGCAACACAAUCGAAACUACGUGGAUAAGGUGCGUCAGGCAGCAUGGCAAAUCUGUUUCAAUUUGGGCAAGUUGGACGCAUGGCAUGAUACAUUACGACGAUUGGACGUACUAGCAAUGGCAUUGACAGUAUGUCCUGUGGAAUAUAUGCAUGACAUUUUGACAGUAUAUCAACGAUUGGAGCAACAACAAUCUACACUACUUUUUGAUAAUCCUUUGGAAAUUGUCAAAUUGGAACAAUCUCGAUAUGACAACCUGGAAAUGGAAAUUCAGCAACGAGGUACGGUUGGAUGGCAAGGGUUGUUGGAAAGUGCAAAGAAACGACAAUGGAUCAUUGGCGACUUGCUCAAGGCUGGUGGUGGUCUAUACUCAUCUUCUUCUCAAGAUCGGCUUUUGGAUCCUCAUUUAUCAACAUCAUCAUCCACAUCAUCGUCUUCACCAUCAUCAAAUAUCAUUACUGAUGAUUCUUUUCAUCCUGGUGGAGGCAAGCGAAAAAGGGAUCAACUUCGAGAUAUUGUUGGUGGUGUUGGUGGUUGGUUAUUUCAACAGUGAUUCUUUUAUCUAUAUUGUACUAUUAUCAAAUUAUGAUCAAUAAAAAAAAAUAUAUAUA